UCGGGACGGAGCGGCGCACACCCGCAGAGCCCAGAGCCUCCUCUCCACAGAACUGACCUCACAGACCCUGUGCUGUUCCGGCGUUGUCCCGGGGUGACGCGGAUCAGGCGGACAUGGACGCCGGUCCCGGUUUGGACACGCACGGUUCGGAUGCGGUUCUGCUCCUGGAGACGGUGAACUUCGCUGCAGAAAAACACAGGACCCAGCGGCGCAAAGACCCGGAGGCCACGCCGUACAUCAACCACCCGAUCGGUGUGGCGAGGAUCCUGAGCCACGAGGCUGGAGUCACAGACGUCUGCAUCCUCCAGGCGGCUCUACUCCAUGACACUCUGGAAGACACGGACACGUCCUUAUCGGAGCUUCAGUCCCGAUUUGGUCCCGUCGUGUCUGGAAUUGUGUCCGAAGUCUCCGACGACAAAUCUCUGUCCAAAGCUGAGAGAAAACGCCUCCAGGUGGAGCACGCGCUCCACUGCAGCCCUCAGGCCAAACUGGUCAAACUGGCUGAUAAACUGUACAACCUCAGAGACCUACAGAGAGUCAGUCCUGUGGGCUGGUCGGAGCAGCGCGUGCAGGAGUACUUUGUCUGGGCUCGUGAUGUGGUGAAAGGUCUCAGAGGAACCAGUCCAGUCCUGGAACAGAAACUAGACCAGAUCUUUACCCAACGAGGAGUCCACACAUCAGACUGAAACCAGGUCUAGAUUAGGACUAAACCAGGAUUAAACCGAACUAAAGCAGGACUUCAACAAAAUACAAAAUAAAGCACCAACAAGGAGUCGACACAUCAGAUUGAAAAUACAACACUACAAAAUGAACCAUCAUCAAAAGCAAAGAUACAAAAUGGGGCUGAGUAGUUGAUCUAGAGAUGGUGGUUCAGUCACGUCUAACAGUCAGUGAUAUGGUCAGAGUUUUUGAAUCGUCAAUAAAAUCAUAGUUUUGAGCAGAGUUCAAAAUUAAGGAGGUAAAAUGCAUUUAUUUUUUAUUUGUGUUACAGAUUAAAAGUCUGUACUGUUUAUGUUCAUGAAAUCAUUUAAAUUUUGGCUUUGAAAAGACUAAAUAAAAUAGAACUGAAAAUUGAGAUUGAUCAAUAUGAGGAAAAAACAUCUGGAUUACGGUAAUUUUUUUCACAUAUUGCCCAGUUCUAAUAAAAAAAUAAAAUAAAAUGAAAGGAGAAGGAGAUGGGCUGAACUGUUUGCCCCCUCUGGUGUCUUUCUUGCUGCUGUGCUCAAAUACAGAGAUUUAUAUAAACACUGUAUGUCUGUCAUGACUGUUUUACAUUUGAAUAAAACCUUAUUGUGUCUGAGCCAAA